CCAACGGAGCUAUCUGAAGUUUCAAACAUGGCUUCCAGGUGCAGCCUGUCAACUCUUUUUCCUCUUCAAAGUGUACUCGACGGUGCCUUACAUGAUGCCCCGACACAAGAGUCCAUGGAAGCUCUCGUUUACGAGUAUUUAAAAGACCUAGACGAGAGGGAAGAACUCAGGAUGCCCGACUUUGAGACAGGUCUGGAAUGGCUGAACACAGAAGGGCCUCUGUCUUUCAACAGGGAGCUGGCCGGAAAAGUGGUGCUGCUGGACUUCUUCACCUACUGCUGCAUCAACUGCAUGCACAUCCUGCCGGACCUUCACCACCUAGAGAAUAAGCACUCAGUCCAAGAUGGUUUGGUUAUUAUCGGCGUACAUUCGGCCAAAUUCCCCAAUGAAAAGGUCCUGGAGAACGUCCGCAGCGCCGUGCUUCGCUACGACAUCCGCCACCCGGUCGUGAACGACGGCGAGGCAUAUCUUUGGCACCAGCUCGAGGUCUCCUGCUGGCCCACGCUGGUGCUGGUGGGCCCACGGGGCAACCUGCUCUUCUCGCUGGUGGGCGAGGGACACCGCGACAGGUUGACCCUUUUUGCCGACGUGACCCUCCGUUACUACCAGGAGAAGAAGCUGCUGCAGGCGCACCCGGUGGGCGUCAAGCUCUAUCGGGACUCCCAGCCCCCCAGCAUCCUGUCUUUCCCCGGGAAAGUCUGCAUGGACCACGGCAGCGACAGGCUGGCCAUCGCUGACACCGGACAUCACCGGAUCCUGGUGGUGUCCUCGACUUGUCAGGUGUUACACGUCAUCGGAGGACCUGAAAGUGGAAGGCGAGACGGCUCCUUGUCUGAAGCUUCCUUCAACUCCCCUCAGGGUGUAGCCAUGAAGGGCGAAGUGGUGUACGUGGCUGACACUGAGAACCACCUCAUCCGAAAGAUUGACCUGUCGGAGGGCCGGGUGAGCACACUGGCCGGCCUCGGGGUCCAGGGUACCGACAAAGUCGGCGGUGCAAUGGGACAUCAGCAGCCAAUCAGUUCUCCGUGGGAUCUGGCGCUUGGCUCAGCCGGCGGCGUCGAGGACAACGUGCUGUGGGUGGCCAUGGCGGGAACCCAUCAAAUUUGGGCUUUGUUCCUAGCAGAUGGCAAGUUGCCCAAAGGAAGUGAGUCCAAGGCGGGUACGUGCGUGCGAUGGGCAGGUAGCGGCAGCGAGGAGAACCGCAACAACGCCUACCCGCACAAGGCGGGCUUCGCCCAGCCCUCGGGUUUGGCCGUGGCCCCCGAGGAGCCGUGGAACUGCCUUUUUGUGGCCGACAGCGAAAGCAGCACGGUUCGCACUGUGGCGCUGAAGGACGGUGCGGUCAAGCACCUGGUUGGCGGUGAGAGAGACCCAAUGAACCUAUUUGCUUUCGGGGACGUGGACGGGAAGGGCGUGGAUGCCAAGCUGCAGCAUCCGCUCGGCGUGGCGUGGUCCCCGCAGCAAAACCUGCUGUAUGUGGCCGACUCCUACAACCAUAAGAUUAAAGUUGUGGACCCCAAGACGAAGCAGUGCAGGACUCUGGUUGGCACAGGAGAACCAGGCGAUACUCUGGGUCCUGACUUCCUCACAUCCCGCUUCAACGAGCCUGGUGGAAUCUGCGUGGGCGCCGGUGGCAAACACCUCUACGUCGCCGACACCAACAACCACCAAGUCAAAGUACUGGACCUCCACUCCAAAACUGUCUCACUGUUCCUUAUUUCCUCAGACAGCACAGACUUCACUCCUGCCAAAGUUAACCGUCCCACCAAAACCCCCAAAAUGCCCCGAGGGGCCUUCAGAAUAGACAUGCCACCAGUGUCUGCGAGUGCCGGGCAAAGUGUCGUGAUGUCGCUCACCCUGUCGCUUCCCGAAGGAGCCAAACUCACCGAUGAGGCGCCGAGCUGCUGGGCCCUCUCCGCCGAAGGUGAUGAGUGGCUGCUCGAUGCGCAGCCGGUCACCGGCGCUAUCACAGAUUUAUCGACGCCGCUGCAUGUCACGGCGAAGCUUCCGGAAGUUCCCAAGAAACUACAUGCGGGACUCACGCUGAGCGUCUGGCUGUAUUUCUGCACGGCGGCGGGAGCGACGUGCACCAUGAGAGCGGCAGCCUUCCACCAGCCUCUCCAGUUUUGUUUUGAUCCCGGCCGCCGGCUGCUGCGUUCCGUGCCAAAUUCAAGCCGAAAGGAAAAAGACCCGAGUGGAAGCCAGCGAAUAAAUGGAAAAAUAAUCGAGCCAGGACGGCUAUUCUUCCGCACAAUCUCCUCGCCCGAAAAAAGUCCACAGAGGAAUCGCGACAGGCCUCACGACCAGGAAGAACCGCUGUACCAAAAGAGGUGCAAAGUCGCCGGAACGAUUCAAGUAAGUCGGAACGUGAGGAAGUAG